AUAAAGAGAGAUUCCCUCCAAGCUCCUUCCUCCUCCCUCCCUCAUUCCCUCCCUCUCUUCUCAUUACCCUCAGAGGUAGAGAGAGGGAAGGGGUCUGGGUCUCUUUCUUUCUUUCUUUCUUGCUUUUGCAUUGUCGGUUUUGCUUUGCUUGGUCACCUUCUUCUCACUUCUCACUUGCGGUCUUUAUUUUAUGUUUCUUGGUCGUCAAGGUUGUGUGGGGGGAUUUGCUUUUUAUUGGGUUCAGCAAAUCAUUUCUGUUGCUUUUACUGAGCCCACAUUGUGCUAGACGCUCCUAGCUGUUUCCUUGUUCUUAUGCUCAUCAACUUGGCAAAGCUCUUCCUCCGCAAUCUACUCCUUGCUGGGUGUUCUUCAAUUUUUGCUGAUUCUAUGUCUGCGUUGAGGUUUGGGUGAUUUUGUGACUUGGGGGCUUCUUUGUUUGGAGAUUUGGGUAGCUUUGCAGUGUUAGGAUUAUUGGGUUGAUCCAUCGCUUUGUGGGUCAGUGAGAGAGUGAAGAGGAGCAGAAAGGAGGAGGAGGAGGAGGAGGAGGAGGAGCAGAAGAAGAAGAAGUAUGGCAGGAGGUGGAGGAGCAGCACCACCACCAAAACAGGAGGAGCUGCAGCCACAUCCGGUGAAGGAGCAGCUUCCCAGCAUCUCUUACUGCAUCACCAGUCCCCCUCCUUGGCCGGAAGCUAUUCUUCUUGGGUUCCAACAUUAUCUGGUCAUGCUAGGCACAACUGUCCUCAUUCCUGCUUCACUUGUUCCUCAGAUGGGAGGAGGCAAUGAGGAAAAGGCAAAGAUGAUUCAGACAAUACUCUUCGUAGCGGGUCUCAACACUUUGUUUCAGACUCUAUUUGGGACACGUUUACCAGCUGUUAUAGGCGCUUCAUAUACCUUCGUGCCCACCACCAUCUCGAUCAUACUUGCUGGCAGAUACAGCAACAUUCUGAAUCCUCAGGAGAAAUUCGAGAAGAUAAUGCGAGGAACUCAAGGAGCGUUAAUUGUUUCCUCAACUCUUCAGAUUGUUGUUGGCUUCAGUGGCCUGUGGCGAAACGUCACAAGAUUCCUGAGCCCACUCUCAGCUGUCCCAUUGGUUGCCCUCUCAGGAUUUGGGCUGUAUGAGCUUGGGUUUCCCGUGCUUGCAAAAUGUGUGGAGAUCGGGUUGCCUCAGCUGAUCCUACUGAUCAUCUUUUCUCAGUUCAUUCCUCAUAUGAUACGUGGGGAGAGGCAUGUCUUCGAUCGCUUUGCCGUUAUAUUCUCGGUGAUAAUUGUUUGGGUGUAUGCUCAUCUGCUCACCGUGGGUGGGGCCUAUAAGAAUACAGGCCCUAAGACUCAACAAAGUUGCCGAACUGAUCGUGCUGGAAUUAUCGGUGCAGCUCCAUGGAUAAGAUUCCCUUAUCCAUUCCAAUGGGGAGCCCCGACUUUUGAUGCUGGAGAGUCGUUCGCAAUGAUGGCUGCUUCAUUUGUUGCACUUGUGGAGUCAACUGGUGCCUUCAUUGCUGUGUCAAGAUAUGCGAGUGCAACUCCAUUGCCGCCUUCCAUUCUUAGCCGUGGCGUUGGUUGGCAGGGAGUGGGCAUUUUGGCCAGCGGGAUAUUCGGAACUGGAAUCGGAUCAUCAGUUGCUGUGGAGAAUGCUGGUCUUCUAGCCCUGACGCGUGUUGGCAGCAGACGGGUUGUCCAAAUAUCGGCUGGUUUCAUGAUAUUUUUCUCAAUCCUUGGGAAGUUUGGGGCUGUCUUUGCUUCGAUUCCUGCACCUAUCGUUGCGGCUCUCUACUGCCUCUUCUUUGCCUAUGUUGGUUCGGCGGGUCUCGGCUUUCUUCAGUUCUGCAACCUGAACAGCUUCAGGACGAAGUUCAUCUUAGGCUUCUCCAUCUUCAUGGGCCUGUCCAUCCCCCAGUACUUCAACGAGUACACGGCAGUUAAUGGUUAUGGUCCAGUCCACACUGGCGCAAGAUGGUUCAACGACAUGAUCAAUGUCCCUUUCUCAUCCGAGGCGUUUGUUGCGGGACUGCUGGCAUUAUUCCUAGAUGCCAUGCUUCACCAUAAGAAGGACUCGGCGACUAAGAGAGACAGGGGAAUGCACUGGUGGGAGAGGUUCCGCUCGUUCAAGACAGAUACGAGAAGCGAGGAGUUCUAUUCCCUGCCCUUUAAUCUGAACAAGUUCUUCCCCUCGGUUUGAUCCUUGUGUAUUCGGAAGUGAACAUGGUUGGAUACGAGAAGUGAGGAGUUCUAUUCCCUGCCUUUUAAUCUGAACAAGUGCUUCCCCUCUGUUUGAUCCUUGGUGUACUCGGAAGUGAACGUGGUUUGAUAGCAGUCAAGAUGUCAAGGUUGAUGUCAUUUUGCUGAGUUACCCUGCCAGACCGUCAUCUGACUUGGGCGAGCUUGAUGAAUUCUGUGGAUCAACAUCCUAAGUACAUAUGACGCGUUUUGAUGAUUUUCUCGAUAUCGUUCCCUUCUUCUUGGGCCUGUCAAAUGCUAAUGAUGUGUAGCUCGCAAUUAUCCAUUCACAUGUGAGGACGAACUCUAGAUGCUUUUGGUUCAUUGAAUCUUAUAAAGAUUGUCAAAA